GUAAUUUUACUCUUUUCACAAGGGUUGAAGGUCCCGCAAUAUUUUGAAAUAUAACUUUUGAUCGAGAGGUUUUCAGCGCUGGCACAAUGCAAUGCAAUGUGUUCAUCAGUCAAAAGUUGGUGAACAGUGUAAACUUUUGGCCAUUUUUGACUUUGAUCAUACCCUUGUGGAUGGCAACACAGACACAUGGAUAACAAAAAUGCUUCCUUCAACCAUGCAGAUUAUCCGAGAACAUCAACAGAAUGGUUGGUGUUGGACUAAUAUCAUGGACAAGGUCUUUGGAAUUCUCCAUGAAGGAAAUAUAAGCAAGGAUGACUAUGUGAGGUGUUUUGAAUCUCUACAAUUCACAGAAGGAAUGAAGGAUGUUUGUCACUUUCUGCAGAGCCAAAAAAUACCAACAAUAAUUAUAUCUGACUCAAACAGUUACUUUAUUGAUCACUUACUGGAGCGCGACUCUCUGCAAAAUGCUUUCUGUGGCACUUAUACAAAUCCAGCAGUGUGGUGCAGCAAUGGACGUUUAAAUGUCAAGCAUCAUCAUGAACAUGACUGUAACCAAUGUCCACAGAAUCUCUGCAAACGGAAGGUUGUUAACAAGCACCUGGCUGAGCAAAAUCUAAGUUAUGAGCAUAUUGUUUAUAUUGGAGAUGGGCACGGAGAUCUCUGUCCCUGUCUGGCAUUGAAGAAAGGAGAUUACAUUCUAGCAAGAAAAGGAUAUAAACUUUUAAAAUGUUUGCAAGGUGAAAACCAGUCAGAAGCUAAAGCAGAAGUUGUUCCAUGGGAAAAUGGCUUUGAUGUUUUGAAAAUGUUUCAAAAAUUAUGUGAAACUUAAAUGUUAUUUUUGCAAUUUCAAUUUUUUAAAACUUAAUCACUUUGUCCCAUUUUCUACCCUUGUACUUUUUAUAAUAAGCCUCUCCACUUUUGAUAGGCCAAAUGUUUUUCAUUCAUGAAUUAAUAUGCAAGUCUCAUAGAAUAAUAGAUAAG